AUGGCGGGCGGCAGGUUGGGGCUGGAGGGGAGCGUCAGCGUGAAGGCGUUUGUUUGGGGCCUCAGUGUGGUCUCCAUCCCGCUCGUGAGACACUUCUUCGGACGCGUGGACUGGGUCUUCGACUACCUGACCGACACCCCCGGGAAGGUCGCGGUUUGCCUGCAGGUGGCAGUCAUCCAGGGCCUGCUGCUGCUGCUGUACCGCGGCCCCGUGUAUAAGGUCGCUGUGAGGGCCGCCUUCCUGGGGCUGGUGUUUGGCUCCGGCCUCAUCAUCAGUCUGUCUGAGAGCACCUGGACUCACUUCGGAUGGUACAUGUGUUCUCUCUCCUUCUUCCACUUCUCUGAGUACCUGGUGACCGCUCUGAUAAACCCUCGCAGUUUGUCUCUGGACUCGUUCCUCCUGAACCACAGCCGCGAGUACACACUCGCCGCCAUCUGCUCAUGGUUUGAGUUCACCGUCGAGAUGCUCACGGUACCAGAGCUGAAGCAGCUGCCUUGGGUCUCGGCCCUCGGUCUCGUUAUGGUCCUGUGCGGUGAGGCCCUGAGGAAAGCCGCCAUGUUGACUGCAGGUUCUAACUUUAACCACAUCGUCCAGAACGAGAAAGCCCAGAGCCAUGUCCUGGUGACCAGCGGCGUCUACGCUUUCUUCAGACACCCCUCCUACGUGGGCUGGUUCUACUGGAGCAUCGGCACCCAGGUGGUGCUGUGUAACCCAGUCUGUAUCCUUGGUUACACGGUGGCGAGCUGGAGGUUCUUCAGGGAGCGGGUGGAGGAGGAGGAGCUGUCGUUGAUCCACUUCUUCGCCGAGGACUAUGUGGAGUACAAGAGCCGGGUCCCCACUGGUCUGCCCUUCAUCUCAGGCAUCCGGAUCCCAAAGACUAAAUUGUUCAGAGUAUGUUUCCAAAGUUCUCUCUGGUUCGGAGAAACUGGUGCGAACACCAUGGAUCCUCCUGAGACAGGACCAGCAGGAGCUGGAAGAGCACAAGACUUCCCCGUCCUCCUGGAGAACGAUCAUGUGAUCGACAGAGACCAGAUCUUUGUGAGUGUGAUCGAGAAGGGACCAGACGGAGUCGGACUGAGCUCCGCUUUUGACAGACGUUUCCUCCCGGAGAACAUGACAUCUCUGGGCUGCACUGUGGCUAACCUGAGCAGAGUGGUGCCUCACGGUCUCCUGGUGUUUUUUCCUUCAUUUCCACUGAUGGAGAAAACUCUGGAAUUCUGGAGAGAGAGAGGUCAGGCCGAGCGCAUCGAGAACGUCAAGCCCAUGUUUGUGGAACCGAAAGGUCGAGGCUCCUUCAACGAGGUCAUUGAAGGUUACUACAGCAAAGUGGACGAUCCGGGAUCAAAGGGCGGCAGCUUCUUCGCUGUGUGUCGAGGAAAGGCCAGUGAGGGGCUGGACUUCUCGGACUCGUACGGCCGGGGUGUGGUCAUCACUGGGCUGCCCUUCCCCCCCAGGAUGGACCCUCGAGUGGUUCUCAAGAUGCAGUUCCUGGACGAGAUGUGCCGCAAGAAAACCCCUGGUGUCACGUACCUGACCGGGCAGGAGUGGUACCGGCAGCAGGCGUUCCGAGCGGUGAACCAGGCUGUGGGCCGCGUCAUCCGCCACAAAGACGACUACGGCGCCAUCUUCCUGUGUGACGAGAGAUUUCGGGGUCCUAGUGCCCUCUCUCAGCUCCCUAAGUGGGUGCGUCCGUUCGUCCGCAGCUACAGCGGCUUCGGGAACAUGGUCCGGGACGUGUCGCAGUUUUUCAGAGUCGCAAACAAGAUGAGACCUCCAGUGGAGAAGAGCAGCUGUCAGAAGGAGACUCCACAGUGUUUGGUCGAGUCUGGUCCCAGUUCCCGAGCCCAGAGCCCCCGGAGACCACAGAGUCCCCACGGGUCUCAGCGACGGCAGCCACAGAAGGCCAAAGCUCUGGACGCUCACCUCCCCAGUCUGAAGCGCCGGAGGCUGGACGGCUGUAAUGGGUUGGCAAAGAUCUGCAUAAACUACGACUCGUGUGUGGAGUCUCCUCAAAGACCCAGGUCUCUGCUGGACGCUCUGGACCAGGACCACAGAGCUGAGGCCGGGAGCGAGCUGCACCAGGCGAGUCGUCUGUCCACUCUGUCCCUGCAGCACGACAAGAGGAUGGAGGAGGAACUGCGCGGAGGGAAACGCAAGAUCAAACUGGUCUCACAGCAGCUCCGGACUGAGACCUCUGAGACCCGGACCUCCUCAGACCUCUGUGAGGAGGGGAAGUCCAGCCGAGCCAGAGGGUUUCUCUCAGAGAUGAAGAAGAGUCUGAGUCAUGUGACCUUCGAGCGCGUGGUCCAGACCCUGCAGACCUACAAGAAGACCGACCAGUUAGAGGUCCUACUGAAGGAGGCCCAGGGACUCGCUGAGGACGCUAACACACACGGGCUUCUGAGGGGUCUGUACCAGUUUGUUCGUCCUCAUCAUAAGAAGACGUUUGACAAUCGCUGCAAACAGCUGACGGGACAGGGCUGCGGCUUCAAGCAGGAGCACACCCUGUCCAAGGAGGAGAAGGAGGAGGUGCUGCAGGGAGGUGAGACACUACUGUAG